GCUAUAGAUUCAACACACAACGCAGUCAUACGUUGCUACCACUUCUAUCACAAUUAACCUUACACUCACUGACCAUCUUCCGGUACUUACAUAUACAAACCAAUCCAAAAUGAAAUCCUUCACCACCAUCCUCCUAACAGCCCUCCUCUCCGCCACCUCUCUGGCCACCCCCUCCCUAGACGACCACACCAUCGUCCCAAUGACCUACACCGGCCCCAUCACCCCCGGCGGCCAGCACAUGCCCUUCACCGGCGACAGUAUCCAAGAAAUCCAUUCGCAGAUCAAAGCCCUGAACCCGGAUUUUGAACUCACUGACAAUUCCGCUGUUACUAAGAGAAAGUCCUCAGACUCAGACUCAGACUCCGACACAAAAGGCAACCUCAUCUGCAACAUCCCCGGCCGCUUCUCCGACACCGCACAAACAUUCUGGAUCCGUUCGGGGAUCAAAUACCUCAAGGGUCUGGAGGGGAAAUGUGGUGUGAGUAAGGGACCUAAGUCCUGUGCGAGGAUUAGUUGUUCGUAUAAUGCGGGGAUCUUUUUGUGUAAUGAUGAGGAGCUGCACGUCAAAUGUUCGGACUUGGCGGACUACGCGAACGAUAUUAUUGAGAGGUGUGAUGAGGGCGAGUAUGUGAAUGGACAGGAGUUUGAUGAUGGGAAUUGGAAUAUUGUGGUUGCGGAGUCGCUUUGUUGAUCUCUUUUUUGCUUUUCUUUUCUCUGGAUAUAGUCUGUGUUCGUUGUGGGGACUUUUCUGGAAGAUUUGUUUUAAUUGUUGCGUCUUGGGGCUUUGAUUGGAUUGGUUUAAUGUCAUAGUAUUGGGUAGAGGAGAGUAUAAGGUUGUUAUUUGUU